UCUGCGGAUUAAUAAAAGGGUGCAACCCGGUUCACGUCAACUUAACGAGAAUAGCAUCCAUUUAUAGGUUUAUUCCGGGUGAGGCUGGGGAAGCAUGGAGGGCGCGCCGGCGGCGGUGGCGGUGGCGGUGGCGGUGGGCAUCGGGGUGAUGCUUCCCUUCCCCUUCUACUACCUUCUAUGGAAUUAUCCGCAGGCAUGGGUGGACGUAUGCGGGAAAGGGGUGGACCCCUCCCAUCGGAUGGCUCAGGUCUCUCACGUCCUCAAGAUUUUUCAAUUCCUCGCUCUAUUCUCCGUUGCCCGAUUCUCUUGGCCGCCGUGGUACUGCUACCCCCUCGUCGCCGUUGGCCAGUACCUCAACUUCAAUUGCUUUGAGAUUUUCAUCAAGAAGCAGAAUUUUGUUCUCGUCGCUUCGACUCUAAAUUCAGAAAUCAUUGCUGUCAGGGUGUAUCAAUUGCUUGGUGAGGCAGGCACUUACUAUGGUGUACGCUUUGGAAAGAAUAUUCCAUGGGUAACAGAAUUCCCUUUUGGAUACGUUAAGGACCCACAGUAUGUUGGAAGCAUCCUGAGUCUUCUUGCAAUUUUAUGUUGGGUUCCCUUCCAGUAUGUGUUUCUGUGGGUGCUCAGCUAUCUCUUCAUGAUGUGGGUGGAAUCCAAGGAAGAUCCAGCAACUCGUGCCAAGCCACUCUCCUGAUUUAUUUGAUUGAACAGAGACUAAUUACAGAUUGUUGCUGAAAUUGGAAUAAUUGAUCUUUUUAAGACAAAUAAUUCUUGGUGAUCA